UGUCAUCCUUCCAGAGGUUCAGAAGAAUAAACUCAUCUCCCAAGCGUAUGAUGGAGCCAGCAUGAUGAGGGGUGCCACUGCAGGUGUUCAAAGGAAGAUGCAAGAUGUGUACCCAAAUGCUAUUACAUCCACUGCUAUGCACAACAACUCAAUCUGAUAAUGCAACAGGCCACUUCUCACAUACCCAAAGUGAGAAAAAAAUAAUAAUUUCUGACCUUGGAGGAUUUGCCAUCUUUUUCUCAAGAUCACCCAAGAGCACAGAUGUCCUUGAUAAAGUAGUUGCCCAUAGACUACCAACAUCAAGCAGAGUCAGAUGGAACUUCCACAGCCGUGCCAUCAAUUCAGUACUCAGGUGACUUUGACCCUGUUACCGUCAGAGAGGCAGGAACCUUUGCCAUGCUGCUGGAGGAUCAGGAUUUUAAGUUUUUUUUUCUGCAACUUUUCCACAACAUCAUGCCACAUGUGGACCUCCUCUAUGCCAAACUCCAGAAGAAGGACAUAGAUUCAGUCCACAUCAGGGGGAGCAUCCAGCAGUUCCAGCAGGACAUACAGAAGAUCAGAAAUUCUCUCCAUUCCCUGGUUGCCCAAAGCAGUGAAGGUGGUUCUCAACCGAAGAGGCGGCGGUCACUCAGUCCAGAGGUCCAUGAACGGAUUGCAGCAGAAGUCUGUGAUACCAUACUCUUACACACCAUGGAAUGGUUCUCCUUCACAAACCACCUUGUUAGUGCCACCUUGCUUCAAGCAGACAGGUUUGAACAGUACACAAUGGCGUUUCCUGAAGAUGCACUGAGCAGGACUUUGAAGGCCUAUUCAGUGCUCGACGGGAGUAAGCUGAAGACAGAGCUUAGUCUCAUCUACUGCAAGGAAGAGUUCAGAGCCUGUUGUGGUGCUUUGGAUCUACUCCAGCUGUUUAUGGAGAACAAUCUUGAGGAAGUCUUUUCAGAGACCAUAACUCUCCUAAAGAUACUUGUAACCACACCCAUGACCACAGCAGAAGCUGAGAGGUGCUUCUCAACCUUGAAAAGAAUUAAAACUUACCUGAGAAAUAGCGUGACCCAAGAGAGGCUGAAUGCAUUGGCCAUGCUGUCAAUGGAGAAGAGACUGGUGACUGAGAUGACUGACUUUAACCAGAAGGUCAUUGAGAAAUUUGCAAGCCAGAAAGAAAGGAGAGCAAAAUUUAUUUUCAAGUAG